CCUUAAAAACAGCUAUUUAAUGCAACUCGCCAGCGUGUUCUUGAUAGUGAUGUCUUGACAAUUGUGAUAUUAAUGGCACAUCUUUAUAAAGGGUUGAAGCGUCUUCCUGAAUUGCCACUUAAUUAAUGAAGCCAUGACUUCUGUUGAACAAGACAAGCUAGGUCAAGCCUUUGAAGACGCUAUCGAAGUACUAAGGCAUCAUUCAACGGGAGAUCUUCAACACUCCCCAGAUUACAAAAAUUACCUGACUUUCAUUAACCAUUGUCCUCACAUCAGAGGAAAUUCCAGCUACUAUGGAGUGUGUCCUACAGAGGAACCCAUCUAUAAUUGGAGAACUGUGAUAAACAGUGCUGCAGACUUCUAUCAUGAAGGUAAUAUUCAUCAACCUCUGCAGAAUAUAACUGGAAAUCAGUUGGCAGAACCUGUUGUCUUCCAGCAAAAGGGAGUGAAAGGCAGAAAGAAGCUCAGGCUGUUUGAAUACCUUCAUGAGUCCCUGUGCGAUCCUGAGAUGGCCUCCUGUAUUCAGUGGGUAGAUAAAACCAAAGGCAUCUUUCAGUUUGUAUCCAAAAACAAAGAAAAACUUGCUGAACUUUGGGGGAAAAAAAAAGGCAAUCGGAAGACCAUGACUUACCAGAAAAUGGCCAGAGCCCUGAGGAAUUACGGAAGAACUGGGGAAAUCACCAAAAUCCGAAGAAAGCUUACCUACCAGUUCAGUGAGGCUGUUCUCCAAAGACUCUCUCCACCUCAUUUCUUGGGUAAAGAAAUUUUCCAGUCACAGCCUGUUCAACCUGAUCAAGAAUAUCUCAGUUUAAGUAACUGGAAUGCCAAUCACAACUAUGCCUAUACCAAUUACCAUGAGCUAAAUUACGUUGAUUGCUAAACAUUCUCUCUCAUUUCCCCAUUGCCUGGCAUCAGAAAACCCUAGAAGCUUCAGGAUUUCUCUCUGAAAGCAGUUGGUCCUCCAUACCCACAGGUUCCACAUCCAUGGACUCAACCAACCACGGAUGGAAAAUAUUUGAAAAAAUGAAUGUUUCUGUACUUUACAUGUCCGAGCUUAUUUUCUUGUUAUUUUCUCCCAAAUGAUACGGUAAGAACUAUUUAGAUAACAUUUGUUUUAUAUUGGUAUUAUAAGUAAUCUAGAGAUGAUUUGAAGUAUUUUAGUGGAUGUUCUGUAAUGCCAGAUUCGUGGGACCCCCAAUUGACCUCCAGGAGCCGAAUCCGAUGUAAUCACACAAGAGUUGAGCCUGGACUCACAACUGUUCCCGACGCAGGGGUCCCAGGGAGUCCCUGUCUUUUUUUUUUUUUUUAAAGACAGAGAGAUGAUGUGUUUUUUUAAUAUUUAUUUUUUAGUUUUCGUUGGACACAACAUCUUUAUUUUAUUUUUAUGUGGUGCUGAGAAUUGAACCCAGAGCCCCGAGCAUGCCAGGUGAGCGCGCUACUGCUUGAGCCACAUCCCCAGCUUCCUGUUCCUUUGUUUAGUGAGAUUUUAUAGGUUUGGGGGUCACAACAUCACAUAGCAAAUCAUUCCAUUCUGCGGGAAAAUCAAACAGUGACUCUUAACAUUGAUUAGCACAUUCACUGGCGGGAACAAGUUGGGUAGGGGUGAUUCGUUAGUGCAAGAGGGGGAUUCAUUUGAACUGAUUGGUUUGAACCAUGAGGAUGUACGUGCUAAACUACAUGGUUUCCCAACACAUUAUCAACCACCAUAAACUACUGGGGGGUCAUCUGGCAUCCCCAGGUAUCUUCCCUGUCUCAUGCUGAUUGGAGGUUGUUAGGGGGUUGCUAUGGGUCCUCAUGUAGCCUGAGUCAGGGACACCUGGCGCCCCAGACCUCUCCUGUUAUUUACAGACAAACAACUCAGCAGGGUGGGUAUGUGCUUAGGAGUGCUCUGUGGGUUUUUCCAAGGACAAGGGUCAAGCCCCCUUCCUUAGGACAGGCCUUGAGGUAGAAGCUGGUUUCUCAAAAAUGGAGUCAUAUCAGUUUCUCAGUUCCUUCCCCAUUUUAUAUAAAGGACUUUUAGAGUCAAUUUUGGUAUCUGAGGGUCCUAGAACCAAUUUCCCCAGAAGUUACAGAGAGAGAGAGAGAGAGAGAGAGAAUUAUUAACUUCAAUUAUCCAAUUAACAUUGCACUGAAAAAAAAAAUUUAACUCCUUUUGCUAUCUUUUAUCAAAUAGCAUGUAGUCUAUACUAACAAGGAAAUUUUUCUAAAAAACAACUUUGUUUCAAAUGAUCAGUUCUGACCUGAAAGUGUCUUUGCUCUCAGCAUAAUCCAUGUACUACUUUCUUCUAGAUUAUGUCAGUUGUAUUGAUUUAAGUUAUAUAUAAAUUUAAACAUUUUCCUAGCAAUUAGAGAAAUACGAAUCAAAACUAAGAUUUCAUCUCACUCCAGUCAGAAUGACAAUUAUCAAGAACAGAAGCAACAAUAAAUGUUAGUGAGGGUAUAGGGGAAAAGGCACACUCAUACAUUUUUGUUGGGAAUGCAAAUUGGUGCAAAUAUGGAACGCAGUAUGGAGAUUCCUUAGAAAACUUGGGAUGGAACCACAAUUUGACCCAGCUAUCCCACCGCUUGUUUUAUACAAUAAUUGUUGGGUGUAGUUAGGGAAGAAUAGAGGUAUUUUGUGUUAUACAGGGGAAGUAAAGGGAGGGGAGGGGGUAUUGGAAUAGGCAGAAUAUUAGAAUGAAUUGGACAUUAUGCGCCUAUAUGCAUAUGAUUACAUGACUGAUGUAAUCUACAUCAUGUACAAUAAGAAGAAUGAGAAGUCAUACUCCAUUUAUAUAUGAUGUAUCAAAAUGCAUUCUGACCUUAUAUACAAACAGAGAUAUGAUAAAUUGUGGUAUAUUAAAAUUGCAAUGCAAAAAAAGAGAGGUUAUGUAUAAUGGCAUAUUUUGGUGUGAACAUACUUUAUAUACAGAGUUAUGAAAAAUUUUGCUGUGAAUGGAUAAUUAUAAAUGUAAUGCAUUCCACGAUUGUCAUGUAUGUAAGAAAUAAAUAAAUAAAAGAAGUAUAGGUAAUAAAAAAACAACAAAAAAUGCAUUCUGUUGACAUGUAUAACUAUCUAGAAAAAAUCAAAAACAUUUUCCUAUCAGGUGAAAAAAAUCAUUCAACAGCUAGGCACAGUGGCACAUGCCUGUAAUCCCAGUGAUCCGGGAGGCUAAGGCAGUUCAAAGUCAGCCUCAGCAAAUGAUUGAGACCCUUUCUCCAAAUAAAAUAUAAAAAAGAACUGGGGAUGUGGCUCAUUGGUUAAUCCCCCAUGGUACCCACCAAAAAAAUUCACAAAAAAUUGCAUAUGAUACAAUGUUUAUGCAUAACAAAAUGCAUUCCUAGCUUUAAAACCUUAAGCGUAUUGUUCAUCUUUUGGAUUAUAGUAAAUCUAAUAUGUAUAAGGUGAUAUUGUACUUGCAUUUUUCUAACAGAUAUUGAACAUUUUUUGAUAUAUCUGUUGGUCAUUUAUCUUUUUUUUUUUUGGUACCAGGGAUUGAACACAGGGUCUUGCUGAGUUGCUUAGGCCCUCACUAAAUUGCUGAGGCUGGCUUUGAACUUGAGAUCCUCCGUCCGAGCUUCCCAAGCUGCUAGGAUUACAGGUGCAUGCCACCAUACCUGGUUGGGUCAUUUGUCUACUGAGAAACAUCUAUUCAAAUCUUUUGCCCUUUUAUAAGUAGGGAUAUUUGUUAUCUUGAGCAGUUUGAGUUCCUUGAAUAUUUUGGGUAUUAUCUCCUGAAUUCAUGAUUUGCAGAUAUUUUCUCCCAGCUGGUGCGUUCUCUUCACUGUGUUUCCUUUGCUGUGAAGAGCUUUUUGUUUGAUGCAAUCCCAUGUGUCUGUUUUUGCUUUCAUUGCUUAUGUUUUGUGAACAUAUCUGAGCAAUUUCCCUCCAUGUUCUUUUUAGUCGUUUUAUAUUCUGGGCCUUAGUUUAAGUCUUUUACCCACUUUGGGUCAAUGCUUGUACAAGUGAUGAGAUAAAUGUUCACUUUUGUUCUUUUGUAUGUGGAUAUCCAGUUUUCCCAGCCCCAUUUGUUAAAGAGACUAUCCAUUUCCCAUUUUUUUCUUAGCAUCUUUGUUCAAAAAUCUAUUGACCUAAUGAAUUAAACAGUGCCAAAAAGAAGAUAUACAAAGUGGCCAACAAAUAUUUGAAAAAGUGUUCAACAUCUUUAGCAAUCAGGGAAAUGCAAAUCAAAACUAUACUGAGAUUUUUGCCUCAUCUCAUUUACAAUAGCAAUCAUCAAGAUUGUAAAUAAUAGUUGGGCAUGGUGGUGCAUGCCUGUAAUCUCAGCUACUUAAGGGGCUGAGGCUGGAGGAUAUCAAGUUAAAGACCACCUUAGUAACUAACUUAGCAAGAUCCUGUCUCAAAAUCAUAACCUUGUAAUAUAUUUUGAAAUAUGGCAAAAAUCAGAAAAGCUGGGGAGGUAGCUCAUUGGUAGAGUAGCCCUGGGUUCAAUUUCCAAUACUACUACUAGUACUGCUACUACAAAUAAUAAUAAUAAAUGCUGCCAAGAAUGUGGGGGGAAAAGAAUAACUUAUACUCUUUAGGUGGGAUUGAAAAUUUAUACAAUCACCUUGCAAAUCAAUAUAGAGGUUCCUCAAAAGACUAGGAAUAGAGCCGCCCUAAGACCCAGUUAUUGAUAAACCUAUCCUAAUUGCCUCUUAAGAUCAGGAGCCAUCUUGUCACAAGUUAUAAAGGAUUCACUUCUGUUUUCUGUAAAAUAUUAGGAUUUCUGUAUAGCCUGGCUGUAAUUUGAUGUUGUAAAACUGCUUGGAAUGCCUUCCCGUGCCGUGCCUUGAACUCACCUAUGCCCGGCUUUACCUGACCAGAUAACAACCAUCUCUGAAACUUUAGUGGUGCCUUGUAAAUCUUGACCUUCCCUGGCCAGAUAAUUAUCCUCUCUGAGGCUCUCCCAUGACCUUGAUAAAUUCAACCUUCAUAAAUUCUGAUGUCGGGGCCAGCAAAAUAUGAACUAGCCUUUGUGUUAUUCUUGUCAAAAUUUUGUUAUCUGUAGGUUCUCAAGCCCCCUUUGUGUAACUUUCUGUGCUAUAAAGCUGUACUCCUGGAGGGCAGGGGCCUGUCUCUGGUUCCUGUGGUUUUGGGGAGAGACAGCCCAGCCGGUCGAAAUAAUAAGCUUGUUUUAAUCUGAUUUUAAUUGGAGUCAGUGGUCUUUUCUUUGCAUCCUGGCUUAACAGUAUACCAUUCCUCAAUAUUUAUCCAAAAGAAUUAAAGUCUGCAUACUGUAGUAGUACAUGCAUACCCAUGUUUAUAGCAGUGUAAUUCACAAUAGUCACAUUAUGGAACCAAACCUAGGUGCCUGUCAACAGAUGCAUGGAUAAAGAUAAUGUAGUAUAUGCACACGAUGGAGUUUUACUCAGCUAUAAGGAAUAAAAUUAUGUCAUUUGUAGAAAAAUGGAUAGAACUUGAGAACAUUAUGUUAAGUGAAAUAAGCCAGACUUAGAAAGUCAAGAGUCAUGUUUUCUCUCAUAUGUGGAAACUAAAAAGGGAAAACAAAGGGUGAGGGAUCUUAUGAAAUUAGAAGGGAGACCAGUAGAGUAGAGGAAGGGAAAGAGAAAAUACUAGAGAAUGUAAUUUACCAAUUAUGUUAUGUAGCAAUGUCACAAUAAAUGCAACUAUUAUGUGUAAUUGUAAUGCAUAAAUUAAAAAGUUAAAGGAAGGGGCUGGAGAUGUGGCUCAAGUGGUAGCAAGCUUGCUUGGCAUGUGCAGGGCACUGGGUUUGAUCCUCAGCACCACAUAAAAAUAAAAUAAAGAUAUUGUGUCCACCUAAAACUAAAAAAAAAAAGAAAAAGAAAAA